CCAAUCAUCGCCGGUGAUCACCCCACAAGAAUCAACUCCAAAGGAAAAACCCGGAUUUCUGUAGCCGUAGUCCUGGCGAUUGUGGCUCCAAUUAUGACUGUUUUGCUGCUUUUCCUCCUUCUCUGCUGGUUAGUAACUAGAAGGGCAAGCAAGAAGCACAUAUUAGUGCCACCAGCUGAAGAAAACGAUGUUGAAAUUUCCAGAGUGGAGCGCUUGCAGUUUGAUCUGGAAACAGUCAGAUUGGCCACAAACAACUUCUCCCAUGAAAAUAAACUAGGCGAAGGAGGAUUUGGUGAGGUUUUCAAAGGAUCUCUUCCUAAUGGGCAAGAUAUUGCAGUGAAGAGGCUUUCAUUAAGCUCUAGGCAAGGUGUAGAAGAAUUCAAGAAUGAGGUGGUCUUAGUGGCCAAUCUUCAACACAGAAACCUCGUUAGGCUAUAG